GCAGCUCUUGGGAAGUAAAACAAAUGUAUGGUGUGAAAAUGGUCAAACAUUUAAGUAAAGCAAAUGAAAAAAAUAGUCAAGAAGGCACUCACUAAACGCUACUUCGUAUAUUGCAACAAUGUCACACAAGCUUCAAAAUUAUACUUCCAUAUGGAACUCCAGAAAGUAUACAGAUUACUCGGUAUCCAACUGCUUUUCAUUAUUUUCGUAACCUAUGUCUCUGUAAGUGUAUCACCCAUUAAAUAUUUCAUGCAAGAAAAUGACUGGCUCCUUUACACAGCUCAGUUCGUGAGUAUGUGCUUAUCGUUCACUCUUUAUAUUAAAAGGAACGAUAGCCCGAGUAAUCUUGUCCUUCUUGCUGCUUUCACCAUCAUUGAUGCCUAUAUUAUUAGCGCAACUUUCACCUACUACCCAAAAGUACUGAUUCUAACGGCUUUCGUCAUUACACUGGUUGGUUUAGGAAGCUUGACUUAUUAUACACUUCAGAUGGACGAUUUUUUAACCACAGAACAAGAUUUGUUCGCAGGUCUAUGCAUUUUCAUUUCUGGAGCCCUUCUACAAAUCGCAUUCCAGUCCACUGUUAUUGAAAUUUUAGUAUCCAUAUGGGGGAUAUUUUUGUUUUGUUAUUUUAUUAUUUUUGAUACACAAAUGAUCGUCACAACUUUUUUUCCAGAGGAAUAUAUUCUGGGUACCCUCAACCUGUACAUGGAUGUCACCAUUUUGCACAUGCAGAUUUUACGCACCUUGGCACACAAUUAAUCGAAUGCAGUGUUUAAACAUAUUUGUAUAUAUUUGUAUAUACUAUCCCACUAAAAUUUGCAUGACGUCACGAGUUUGCGAAUCCCACUCUAAAUGUUUAAAUAAUGUUUAUUUAGUGGUGCUAAAAAGAAGGAAUUGAGUCUUAAAUGAAACACCAAGUCUUGGAAGCAUUUAUUCACUUAUAAGUACAUAAAAUUAUUAAAAUUCAUGAGUUAACAAUUCGAGUCUAAGCAUUACGAAAUAAAUCGUUCAGCAUGAGAAAACAACACUUCACCUAAAAUAUUC